AUGGGCAAGUGGGACUCCGGAGAGGACGAUGACGACUUUGGUAGCGAUCUCGUCCUGCCUUCCGGUCGCUCGACACUCUCACUACAGUCCUCGACCUUUUCGCAAGCAACCCACUCGACCUCGGCCACAUCCGUCACAUCUGGCGACGACAGAGACGCUACGAUCAAGCUCGGAUCGGGAGUCAAGAUCUCUUCGUUCAGUGAGCACGGUUCUGCUCGUCCAGGCGACGUCCACUUGGGAUCAUCUGCCGACGACGACUGGGACAAUGACUUUGCAGAGCCUGCUCAGCCUAUGCGAGCGCCCGUCCUCAUGGCUCCCCCUUCUGAGCCCCGAUCGCUCAGACAUAAGUCCUCAAAGCAUGCCUUGGCUCAGGGAGCCGAGCCCAUCAGGUUGAGGACGCGUUCGUCCACUGCUCAACUACGUGCACGCGCGAUAUCACAAGCCGAUGUGCCGCCCGUACCCACCCUGCAGCACGACCGGAAGGGCUCGUCGAAGCAAGCGUCCCAAGCAGAAGUUGACUUCAUUUUACCUUCAACGCUGGAACGCAUCUCUUUAUCGCCCAGAUUGUCAAUGCGCGGCAGCUCGCCUCGUUCGAGCAAGGUCGAGCGAACGCGUCAGCAGUCCUCAAAAAGUGCGCAGAGCCAUCAAACAGAUGACAGCGAGGCGUCCUUCUUCGAUGACCUCGAGCUGCCGGAUUAUCUGGGCGGAGCACACACACCGCCCACAUCUGAACAUCCCUCGUCUGCUCCUCAAUCGGCAAAGAAACCUCAUUAUGGCGAUCUGCAGCGUGUACUCGAUGACCGGAUAAAGUCACGAGCGAGAUUUGAAGAAGAUGCAGAGCAACAUGCUAGUCCGAGACAUCAGACGUUGCGCAAGAUAUCAAAGACGUACGCGGACGUACCAGAUCUGCCCAUAGAGGACGAUUUCGAUCUAGACGAGGACAAGCUCGUCCUGACUCGAAAGAUGUCUCGUAUGCGCUUAAGCGAUGCCACGACGCCUCGUCGACCGGCCGUAAAGCCAGACUUAUUUAUCCCUCCUGCGCCCAUUGAGACGCGUCUGCCUUCCAGUCGGUCAUCGAAGAAUCUGCUCACAUCGACAGCCUCAUCCGCGAGACUGGCGAGCAAGGCAAAGGAGCAAGCCAUCCCAGCAGUUGAAGGUGAAGUUGCUCCAGCUCGCACAUUACGACAUAAGAAGUCACUCGGUGCCCUUCCUACAUCAGGCGGCGCUGUGAAGCAACUCCGCUCGAAGCGAUCAAUGCCCGCUUUGCCUUCGUUCGAUCCGGCAGCAUUUGCUGCGAUGCCGCCUGUGCCUGCAGUGCCCAAAGCGACGAUCAGCACGACUCGAGCUAAGGCUCCGCCGAACUCAGAAGCGCUGCGUCGACCGAAGCGGACGCGUCAAUAUGGCGAUGGCACGGAGCUCGAUGGUCUAGCGGAUCUCGAUAUAGACGCCGACCAGGAACGCAAGUUGCUUGUUCGACCUAGCUCAAGCAAACGUUUGGCCGAGCUUGGCGCGAAAGCCAGGCAAGGCAGUCCUGGCAGAGCGGAAGCGAAAAGUGAGAAGCGACCAAGGAAAAGUAGAGGGAAGGAACCUCAUCUCAUUCGCAAUCUCACGGCUGCCGGUCUUUCGAAAGUGCAAGGACAGAUGACUUGGAAUCCGAUCGAAAUGCGUUGGGAUGGUAAUGAAGGCGUCUUGCGCGACUUUGAUCACAUCGGCACUGCGUCUGCUCGGCCAGCGCUCAUCGCGCCUGGUGCUUCGAUCUCCCGAACAGGCAAAGGCAGCGUACGCGUUGUCGGCAAUAUGGUCUUCGAUCCGCUAUCGAUGAGCUGGCAUAGCUCUGCACCGGAAGAAGAGGAAGACAUUGACUGGGGCGCCGAUUUGGCAGACGAUGAGGCAGGCUUCAAGUCGUCCGCAAAGCUGUCCCAAUGGAGCACCACUUCCGCAGGCUCGUCUUCACUCUCGACGUCUGUGCUCAAAGCGCAUUCUGGCGAUGAUCUCGCCAAAGCUUCGCUGGCCGCUGACAAGCGACACAGAGACGAGAUGCGACCGUGGCAGUUCCAACAUGCUGGUAGCACUAGAGAGGAUCGCUCAGUUCUGUGGCAUAUUCGAAAGAUUGUCAUGGACAUCUGA